UUCACUGGAAGUGCAGAUCGUACCCACUCAUGGAGAGAUUAGUCUCGGAGAGUCCAAGUUCUUCAUGUGUGAAGUCGAAGGCGUCGCCAGGCAGAUAGAAUGGUUCGGACCAAAUGGGGACAGGAUAGAGCCGAACAGACCAGACGUAACUGUGAGCCGUAACGAUGAGUCAUCCACUCUCACACUCUACAAAGCUGGGACUGAACAUGCAGGGACAUACAAGUGUGUCGCUACCAACGGAGACAAGCAGGCAGAGGCAACUGUCAAAGUGAAAAUCUUCCAAAAAAUCACCUUCACAAACGCACCGUCACCCCAAGAGUUUAACGAAGGAGACCAGGCCAACCUUAUCUGUGACGUCGUCAGCUCGCCCCUCCCCACUGUCUUCUGGAAGUAUAAAGGAGCAAAGAUACACAUGGAAAAAGAUGUUCGCUUUAAGUUACUGAGCAACAAUCACCUUCAAAUCCGCGGCAUAAAGAAGACUGAUGAGGGCUUAUACACCUGCGAGGGUCGCCUUAUGUCCCGCGGCGAGAUUGAUCUGCGGAUCAUCAAGGUCGUAGUGAACGUGCUCCCGACCAUCAGGGUAUGGCAGUCAGAGGUGAAUGCUACAGCAGAUGUCGGGCAGCCCGCCAUGCUGACUUGUGCUGUUGAUGGCUAUCCUGAACCCAUGGUGACAUGGACAAGGAACAAUGUGGUCCUGGAGGCUGGAGAGAAGUACAGCUUUAAUGAGGACGGCUCAGAAAUGACAUUAAUGGAAAUAACUAAGCUGGAUGAAGGAGAGUACACCUGCAUCGCCAAGAAUAAGGCUGGGGAGAGCGACCAGGAACUCAGUCUGAGAGUGUUUGUAAAGCCUAAGAUCACGUACAUCGUGAACCAGAGCACUUCUGAGAUGGAGGAGCAGGUAACUCUGACCUGCGAGGCGUUGGGAGACCCCACUCCCACCAUCAGCUGGGGUUUCGGUGAGCGCGUCUUCACUGAAGGAGAGCAGGCACAUCUAAACAGGAUCUAUCAGGCAUCAUGGACUCGGCCCGAGCAGCACAAGAGUGUGGAUGGGAAUGUAGUGGUGAGGAGUGAUGCUCGUGUGUCCUCCCUCACUCUGAAGUAUGUCAAGUAUACAGAUGCGGGUCAGUACCUCUGCUCGGCGCGCAGUGCCAUUGGAGAGGAUGAUCAGCCUGCAUAUCUGGAGGUCCGCUGGGCUUUACAAAUAAUCUUGCCUUGCCUUUUCAGUGAGUUUGGGACGUUGGCAGUGGACCUGCUGGAGGAGUCGUUCAGGCAGGAUGAGACCAUGGCCAUGAAGCUGCUCACCUACGAGCUGAAGAACUGGAGCAACUCCACCUGUCUGAAGCUGGCCGUCUCCUCCCACCUGCGGCCCUUCGUGGCUCACACCUGCACCCAGUUCCUGUUGUCCGACAUGUGGAUGGGACGGCUGAACAUGCGAAAGAACUCCUGGUACAAGGUUCAUGAUCCAUCUAGAUUUUUAUUUUUGGCAACAAAUGAAAACGGCAUUUUUCCUUUUUUCACAGAGGAAACAGAAGGGCAUCCCAGUCCUCCUAAACUGGACGGGUCACUUCUGCCCAAAGGCAACUCCCUCAAAGUCAGCUGGACCAAGCAGGACGACGGCGGCUUGCCCAUCAUACAUUACCUCAUCCGCUAUAAGCCAAUGGAGAUAAAGGAGUGGAAACCCGAGAUCCGGAUACCCAACUCCAGCGACUACGUGAAUCUGAGCGGGUUGGAGUGGGACACGGAGUACAAAGUGUUUGUGGUGGCAGAGAACCAGAAGGGACGGUCCCAGCCGGCCACCAUGUCCUUCAGGACGGCCCCCGAGCCAGAAGCCAUCGCAGCAGAUUUGGGCGAUGAGGCGGCGCUCUCCAUGGGCAUCAUGCUCUGGGCAGGGAUUCUUGUUAUAGCAUUUGUACUCCUGCUGCUAGCUGUGGACGUCACCUGUUACUUUGUCAACAAAUGUGGCCUCAUCAUGUGCCUCUGCGGUAAAUCAAGCACCGGCACCAAAGGGCACAACCCUGAGGAGGGCAAGGCGGCCUUCAUGAAAGAUGAGUCCAAAGAGCCAAUAGUGGAGGUCAGAACAGAGGACGAGUGCACAGCCAAUCACAACGCAGCAGGACCGACAGAACCCAAUGAAACCACACCUCUCACAGAGCCAGAGCUGGCGGCUUUCACUGCUGCUCUGGCACUGGACACGCUCUCCUCCGUAGCCACCAACUCUGACACAGCCACCGCGACAAUUGACCCCUCUCAGGACAGCCCCUCUAGCGAGACCACUACCCUCACUUGUAGCCUGUCUACCCUGCCCAAUGACCCCUCACCCACCCCCAUCCUGGCCCCGGCCCCAACUCCAGAGUCCAACACGGCCCCGCCGCUUCCCCUCAUCUUCACCUCGGCCAUCGAAGCUAAAAUGGCCCCGUUAGUAGAACAAAGAGGAAGUAACGCCCUCGAAGAACUGGAGAAAAUAACCACUCCUCCUUCUAGCCCCGAUUGGGCAAAGGCGGCAAAAUCCGGGACGCCGAUUCCCCCGAAGCGUAGAAACUCUCCUAAACUCGCCGCUAUGAAUGCUAAAGCUAGCCCGCCUGUAUCGCCCCUGGCUGCGUCUUCCCCAGUGCCCUCUCCCUCUGUCAACAUCAGGAAAACUGCUCCAAAGCCACCGGUCAAGCAGCUGCCCAUACAACCACACACUGUAGCCUCAGAGACAGAGACCCCGGUACACACUGACGCACCUCUAGCAACCACUGCCCCUCCAAAACCAGAUCCUGAAAGCCUUAAAAACCCUAUUGACCAACCUGGCCAUACUAACACUGCCAAAGAUGCUGAAACUAGCUCUCUUUCAGGGAUCCACGGUGCUCUUAAAGUCCUGGAUGCUGAAAAAUCUGCUCUUUCUCCUUUACCUGUCACUACUAUUUCCUCCCCUCACGCCCCCCCCGUUGAGGAGCCGGUUUCUAAGGAUCCCUUUGCAUCGUGGUCAGACAGAUACGCCUUACUUUCCUCUGUUGAAGGGCCUAAAAAUGCAGAUACAGAUUUUGAGAUUGCAAACGGGAUGGAAACUGGCAAAUACCUUAUUAGCUUAAAAAGCCCCCCUUUUGCCCCCCUUCUGGCCAAUGGAGAUGCAGCAGACCUCCCCCCCUCAGGCCCAGCUCUGGAGGCAUCAGAGACUCUGGCCAAGACUGCUCCUCCUGUCAACGAUGAGAAGAUGUUCUCUGAUCAGAAAGACAAAGUGGAGGAGGCAGAAAUGACAAACGCCCUGACGGAGAUUACUGCAGAACACAACAGUGUCAUACACACAAAUUCCACCGAGAGCAAAGCAUGAUGGGUCGAGGAAACCCCCUGUCCAAUCCAAAACAUUUUUGCGGCAGCACCGAGCGAGAAACACUGCAGGAAUUUUCUUUUCCAGUGCCCUUAACUACAUAUUAAAAACCACACGCACACCUGUCGAUUGGUUAGAGCACACUUCGACUGUGCUUUCAUUCCGGGUUUCAUCAAUGAGAUGUUUACUAUACACCAAGGAGUUUAUCUUCAGAUCAUAAGAGAUUUAUUUUAUUUUUUUAUUCUUAUUUUAUUUAACCCGUCAGGAAGGUUGAGGACAAUCUCUUAUUACAUGAUCGCUUGAUAAAUAUAUGGAAUUAGACUCUACUCUCUGCUUUUAGUUUGAACUGCACAAAAAUAUUGGAUUAUUAUUAAAAAUUAAAAAAGGAGAGAAAAACCUGACUAUAUAGAAAUGUUUUUCUUAUUUUCAUGUUUUACAGUUCAAAUGAAAAACUAUUUUCAUUUUUUUUUUUCAUUUAAUUUCUGGGCUUGUCUCAGUAAAUAGCUUGUUCUGCAUGUCUGAGCUGCAAGAGGCUGUAAAGUUGUGUGUACAAGCUUUAUUGUUUCACUACGUCUGUUACAGCGGCGUUUCAUCUCUCACAGAUUCGCUGGCAUUGAUUCAACACAGUAUUUGGAUUCUAACCAUAUUUGUUAUGGUUAUAUAAAUGCAGGAUUAACCCACAGCCAGCUGCAGGGGGAAAGAGACGGAGAGGGAAUCCCACAACACAUCAACAAUGUGCAUUAUCACAUCUGAUUUGGCCCAUAUCGAAUAUUUAGUCUGUCACUGCCUUACCACAGUGCUGAUUAAAAUAUUUGUAAAUCAAAUGGAUUUGAUUAAAAGAGGCAACUCCUUGAACGCUAACGUCCACAGAAGACAAACUGCCAGCAGAACACGAUUCUCAGCCAAAGGUUGAAGAACCGAUAAUCUUAUGAGCUAAAUUUACGCCACGUAUUUCUUCAGAGGGCAACGACUACAGAGCUACUGUUUCUUCCUCACAUUAAAGCAGAUCAAAGGUCUGGCUUCGUACUUUGAGUUGUGAUUUUGAAGAAAAAAAGUGAAAAAUAAAAAAGCGUUUUUGUACUAUUUAAAAACUACAAAGAUUUAUUUUCCAUUUCCUGCCUGCAAGCUUGUGCACUGUGCCUGUGUGUCGAUAGAUUGUCUUGUCAUCAGUUUCUAUGAUAAUCUGCAUAGCUUUGUCGUGAGAGAUUUAGCCUAUUCUUUUAUUUAAUAUGUUGUAUUAGAAAAGUAUGAUAAAUGGACUAAUGUGGUCAUUAUAACACGUGUAGUGUAUGAAAUUGUCCGUCUCUGGUCACAGCACUAUAUAUUGCCAGCUAUAGUGAAGGGAGGUGUUUUGAGCCUUGGCAUGAAUUCAGUCAGUACUUUAUAACGUAUAUCUACAAGGCAGAUAAACAUGCCCAUGUUUGUUGGGGUAAAUAGUUUUCAUAUUGAUUUAAUGAGUGUUACCGUUCAGGCUUGUUCUGCCAUAACUACACAUUGUUUUUAUUUCUCUCCCCCUGUUGUUAUUCAAGUGUUCUGUAAUGUGGUCUUUGAAUUUUAUUUUAAUUCGUUUUUGUCUUUUUGUACAAAAGUCACUCACCAGGGGCAACUGCUUGACAUGUUCAGGAUACACAUUGGCAGGAAGCAGAGUGGUCCCCAUGAAGCGGGAGAUCAAACCUUUUUUUAAAUCUUAAGAUGAUAAGAGAUCUAAAGUAUGUAAGAACAGAAAGACAGCUUUACUCAACACCUUUUACUUCUCUGCUGUUUCCUGACUACCUUUGCUUCCUUGUCACUGGAUGCUCCUUUUGGUUUUAUUGGGUCCAACUCAGAAAAUAUCUGUUGUGUACAGUCUGAGCGCCAACCCAUUUACAAAAUAAAAAAUGGUUUCCGAAUCCAA